AUGGACUCGGAUUGUGAGGAGCUGGCGCAUGACACAGUGGGAAUCGUGUCAUCCCAGCUUGCAAGGUCCGAGUGCGAUGAUAAGGUGUCCGAGGCAGAGCUCGAGCAAUGUGUCAAGAUGGCGGCUCGCUUUCAGAAAGUUCAAAAGAAGUGGGCCAGUGAGUUGUUGAUAGAUCCAAACCAGCCACAUUUGGGAAGUUGGAUUGCAGGGAGAUGGACUUCAGACUUUCAUUUUUCAGUCAUGUGUCUUCCCUGCGCCCAGAAAUAUGGAAAGGAUUCGGACAAUCCUUGGGUCGUUGGUGGCUUGAAGCUAGUUUCCUCGUUGCAGCUUGGCCAUGCAAAGCGGCAUCAAGACAGCUUCUUGCACCAAGAAGCAGUCAAGCAUUUGGCAAGUGGAAGUGAUCAUCUUGAGAGUGACAAGCCUGUGCGCAACAAACCUGAGCUGCGCACUGCUUUGCAGUUGGCCUGGGACAGUUGCCGGAAAGGUUCCAGCUUUGCGGCUGCUUCCAGCGACGAAAUUGGCUCGCGGGAGAAAGUGGGCCGAUUGACACGUGUUCUUGGCACUGCACUCAAGAAAACCGACCAAGAAGUGUUGAGAAAGGCGUACACAAUCGCUCUGCACCAAGAUACACGGCAAGGAGUGUUGUGCCUGAGGUAUGCCUGCGCUUCUUUGGAUUCCAGUGUGGUUCAUCGUGGCGUUUGUGGAUUCUGUCACAACCCGGGCACUAAGUCAGAGGACAUUGAAGCAGGGGUCCUGUCCAUCUUGGACGAUCUUUGUGAUGGAGACCACGAGCUCCUACUUCAUGUGUGCGACAGUGUUGAGCUGAUAGACUCUGAUGGAGCCAGCGAUGAGCAAAAGUCAUUACGUCUCUUGUGUGACAUAUUCCCGCACGCCAUCUUUUUGUGCAGGGACAGCACACACGCUGCGAGGCGGUUGACUCGGAACCCAUGGGCAGCUGAUCCAUAUCUGACUGAACUCAUGGAGCAAUAUAUAUCUUCCUCUGAUUCGAUUUGCUCUGUUAUCCAGAACAGCCCAGACUUGAAGCACGUGUUCAGUGUGAAUGUUUCAGGUGACUGUGGUGCUGAAGUCCAACAUGUGAAGAACUUGGGCUUGUCGCACGAUCGCUUUGACUCAGCGUCCAAGCCCCUUGGACGAUUCGUGACAUGUUUUGACAGCGUUUGGCGCACUGCCCGGCAUAUUUCUGCCAGUCGGCGGGGCACCGAGCCAGCCCGAAAAGCAAACGAUUUCCUGAGGCAUGCGUGUGUUGAGUCACUGGUGCAGUGCGCAAUGCUUGCAGAUGCGGCAUUUGAAAGUUUGGAAGUCAUCAGGUUUCACGACACAGAGAAUUUUGAUCUCAGCUCAGUGCCCAAAGUACUUGCGAACUUCCUCCACAGGAUUGACGUUCUUUUUCUCAGAAAAGAGGUGGUGAAUGUCGGACACACAAAGCUUAUGCUGCACACCUUGGCCACAGAGCGCACCUGCGAGUUGCACCCUGAGGGGGUAUUCAAAAGCCUGGGUGGGGCUGGGGCGGUGCAAAGGGACAUUCUUGACCGCUGCUUUGCCCGCAUGGCUGUUUGGGUACGACUUGCCACUGAGAGGAUUGAGGUUGAAUUUCCAUCCUGGCGUGCGUUGCACUUGUUUGAGGUUUUCGACCUUGGCAUGGCGCGUGGUGACGCAGCUGGCUCUAAACUUCAACAGCUUGCAGGCAUUUUUGGGGUCGAAGACACUGAUGCUUUGACCUCUGAAUUUCACCACAUUCGCGUCAAUGCAUUGCAGCUUUUGGAAGAUGGGAAAGUGAAAUCCUCCAAGGAGGCAUGGAAACAAGCACGUUUGCACCUGCUGGACCGCAGAAUGCGGGAGAAGCAUCCGUGCACAAACAUUGACCAGAUAUUGCGCCGGUAUCAAGCUUUCUGUGGGAACACAACUAGCGGAGUAGAGCAAACCUUUUCCAAGAUUGUCCGCUCUUUGGGACCAUACAGGCAAAGCAUGGCCAAAGAUUUGCAAAACUGCUUGUUCAGAGUCGUUUUAGCUCCCGCAGAUGCACGCGACACCGCAGUGCGGAGGGGAUUGCAGCUGUGGAUUGAUAUGUACGGCGAGUUCCGGAAGCAUGCGCAGAACACUCGGUGGAAGCGAUUGCGAUGCAGUGUUGACUCAGCUGGCCAGGAAACAGCCUUUCAUCGCAAACGGAAAAUUGAAGUGAGCGACAGCCACCAGCAGCGAAAGAAACAAGAACUGCUAGAACAUGCUGAAGAAGCAGGACUAGAUGCAUGGCAAGAAGUUCAUGAGAAAGAGUUGGAAAAGCUUCAAAACCAGCACUGGGAGUUCAUGAAGGAUGCCUACAACCAACAGCUGUUGCCAGCAGAACUGGCUGACGCACAACUCAUCGCUGAAGCGGACGAAAAGCUGGCCCGACGAAGGCAGCGGGAUGAUGAAAAUUCCAAGAAGUUGGGGAAGAUUGCAAGAAUGUGGGACAGGCCAGUGUUCAAUCUAGCAGGAGCGUCAAUUUGCGUGCUCGUGCUCAAUGAUGAUUCUGAGCUUGAUCAGAUUGCAGAAGUUGUGGCCAAGCAUAAGAUGGACCUAGUAGAUGAAGAAUUGAUUUCAAAGGCCGAUUACCUUGUGAUCCACAACUUGGAUGUGGUGCCGAACAAGUUUCUCGCCAUAGCAGGUUUGACAGGCAAAACAAUCUGCAAUGUGACGUACUUGUGCUCAGAAGGUGUGGAGGGUGCGGCCAUGGCCUUCAAGCCAGCCGUGGCAUCCAUCAGGCAUGUAUGGCUUUCGGAUGCUUUUCGGCAGGAAGAGAAUGACCUGGCCAAAGCCAUUGAUUCAGCGAUGAGCUGUCCGUUGAGCAAAUGGCAAAGAUGGGACGAGAUGAAGUUUCUCCAGAAGAUGUGCAGCAAUCCUAAGGGCUAUAAGUUCAUAGGCUUGGUCAGUGAUGCUGAAAAGCAGGACAGUUAU